AUGCAUAGGAAGUUGAUAUUGGCGUUAAUUUGUCAGGCUAUAGUCCCCGUAAUCACCAUUGUAGUCCCAUUCUCGAUUCUCGCUUUAUUGUUGGUGUUAGGCGAAACAUUACCACAAGAAGUUCUCAACGCCAACAGCAUCAACGUCACCUUGCAUGGGAAAGUCUGUUCCAUUCUCAUCAUUGCACUCACUCAACCGUAUCGAAAAUUUUUCCUUGAUCAGCUUAAACAAGUGCUAAAG